AUGAGUUCCUUAUGUAUUCGCUGUGGCUCAAAGGAUCAUGCAACGAGGGAGCAUGACAAAGAGCGAUUCACCAGAGACAGCGCUGCGCAAAACAGUAGGCGGCCGAACCCUGAGCGAGAACUGAGUUGUACACAAGGGCACCGAACGAGCAAUGCUGUUCAGCAGCGGGUCUGUUGGCGCUCGGUUGGCACGCGGCCGGGGAUACCGGAAGUGAUUGACAAGCCACUAAGGGAGCCGUGGGUGGAACCGUGCGAACCACUGCAGUUGAUUUGCAGGGAGAGCACUCGUUGUCCAUGUCUGUCGGGCGAGAUCAAACGGAAGAAGCAGUAG